AGGAGGAGGGGGUGAAUCCUCCCCCGUGAUGGCGGCGCAUAAAUGACAAAAAUGGCUCACACUUAUUUCCAGGAUGUGGGCCACCUGUUGGACACCACGCGUUACUCCGCCUCGUCUCGGGGCCGAACCGGUUCUGCCGCUUCGCACGGAGGCUUUUAAGCGGAGCUGCGCGGGUAAAAAUGCUGCAGUGUGACUGACAUUCCCAUCUUCCGCGUCUUCCAUCUUAUCACCGCGGAUGCAAGGCAGCAUGAAGGGCGAUUUAGAGGCCCCCCAGACCCCCUUGAAGGAAGCGCCGGCUAUCCUCUGCCGGGACGUGUGUCGUUCAUUUGGCAAACUGAAAGUCCUCAACAACCUCAACCUGACGGUGCCUCAAGGACACAUCUACGGCCUGUUGGGCCCCAGCGGCUGCGGGAAGACCACACUGCUGAAAUGCAUUGUGGGCACCCUGAAAAUCCCCCGGGGCCACAUCAGCGUGUUGGGGAAGCCGCCUGGGUUCCCUGGUCACGGUGUCCCGGGGAAGAUGGUGGGAUAUAUGCCGCAGGAGCUGGCAUUGUACAACGAGUUCACCAUCAGUGACACGCUCACGUUCUUCGGGAGAAUCCACGGGUUGACGUGGAAGGAGACCAAGGAACGCAUGGAUUUCCUCAUCAAGUUUCUGGACCUGCCGGAGAAGCACAGGGUCGUCCGGAAUCUCAGUGGUGGGGAGAUGCGAAGAGUGUCUCUCGGGGCGGCGCUGCUCCAGACUCCGGAGCUGCUCAUCUUGGACGAACCCACAGUGGGAGUGGACCCAGUCCUCAGGGCCAAGAUAUGGCAGCAUCUGGUAGACAUCGUGAAGACAGGCAAAGUUUCCGUCAUCAUCACCACGCACUACAUCGAGGAGGCCAGGCAAGCCAACAUGGUCGGACUGAUGAGGAACGGCUACUUGUUAGCUGAAGGUCCUCCAGACGUGGUCAUGAAGCAGCACGGCUCAACAACCCUGGAGUAUGCCUUCCUGCAACUUUGCGAGACCUCAGACCGGUAUAGCCAGAAUCCCAGCUCCGUCUCUAAAGACAGCGUGUUGGUGGACAGCCAGUCAUUCGAGAGGGGGCAGGACGAGAGCCGACCCAUUCUUGGCACCGGCCCGCGAUGGAAUGUGGAGGACUUCAAGCCCACAGCGGGCUGGAGGGUGCGAGCCAGACACAUGGUACCCAAAUGGAGGAACAUCGCCGCCCUCACCAUCAAAACCUUGGUGCGGAUGAAGAGGAUGCCGGGCUCGUUGUGCUUCCAGUUCUUGCUGCCCGUCAUCCAGAUCACGCUGAUCUGCUUAUGCGUGGGAGGAGACCCGAAGGGGAUCCAGGUUGCUGUGGUGAACAACGAGACCUCCCCCAAUAGUUUCAGCAGAUCCCUGCUCUCCUUCCUGGACAACUCCAGUGUGCAACAGGUUCAGUUGUCGCAUGAGGAGGCUUUCAGAGGGAUCCAGGACGGGAAGUACUGGGGCAUCAUUGGUUUCGGCGAGAACUUCACCACCUGUCUCUUCAAAAGGAUGCUGGAGAAGCAGGUGUCCAAGGAGGUGGUGGACGGAGGCUCGGUGCACGUGUGGCUGGACCAGACGAACCGACAAAUUGCUGUGAUGCUGCAGCAGAAGCUGCUGGAGGCCUUUCAGACUUUCGUUAAGAACAAGAUGGGCAAUAGCUCCUAUCUGGUCGACCUGCCAAUACAACCUCACCUUCUACUUGGCCGUGGGCCUGACCGCCCUCUCCUUUGUGCUGGAAAGGAAGGAGGGGCUUCUCAACAGAUGCUGGGUCGCAGGUGUCAGCUCGAUGGAAACGAUGCUGGCUCACCUAUUUUCCCAGCUGCUGGUCAUCAGUGUCCAGAUCAUUCUCAUGUUGCUCUUCAUCUUCCUUGUCUUCAAGACGCCCAACGAAGGCUCUCUGGUGCUGAUGAUCACGCUGAUCGUGCUCCAGGGCAUCACCGGCAUCUCCUUCGGCCUCGUCAUCUCCGCCGCCAUCGACAGCGAGCAGAGCGCCAACCAGGCGGCGCUGGGCAUCUUCUACCCCAACCUCAUCAUGAGCGGUAUCAUCUGGCCGGUGGAGUGCAUCCCUUAUCCUCUGCGCUACCUCAGCCUGGCUCUUCCUCAGACCUACGCCUCGGAAGCCCUCCGAUGCAUCAUGUAUCGAGGUUGGGGCCUGAGUCGCAUGAUGGUGUGGCGAGGCUUCGCCGUCACUUUGGGCUGGAACACGUUUUUCCUCAUCCUGGCCACGGUCAUCUUGAAGCUCAGGACGUGAACGCCUCGCGCUUGCUGUCACGCCAAACACAUUCCGCCUUGGGGGGGUCCCAUGUGUGUGUGUGCGUGUGUGUGGAGGACAAGUUGUAGCUCCUCCCCCCAAAACUGUGCUGCAUGUCCACGCUCCCAUGCAUCCCUCGAAGGCGCUCCAACAUGAGAAGAUAUAUAUUCGCCGUACGUCCUGUCCAUGCAGUAUUUUGGUAUCCGUGGAAACGUGAAAAUGUGAAUUGAAGAAUAUUCCAGGUGCUCGCACGACUUCUUGACGCCGCCGUGUGUCAAUUAUCUGGUGGUGGGAAGGGUUUGUCGUUAAGGAUUUCACAAGCAGUAUUUUGUCCACUUUGCCGGACAGAGUGGACGGCGUCAGGUGUGGUCCGUUGUUGGCGUCAUGUGACCUCGUGUGGACUUGGCCCGCUUUUUACUCACCAAUAAAAUAAAACAUCAACGUGA